AUGUCACCCCACGACUACACUGUCAUUAUGAAAGACAUUGAAAAAGGUUACGCUACCUUCGAACAGUGGGACCAGCUUAGUACAAAUAUGGUCUUUGCGUUUCCAUGGGGAUUUCUGCAGCAAUGUCCAGACGGGCUGGUACUAGACGAGCCCAAGACGGUAGCGAAUUUGGCCAAAAAGGGUGAUGCCUUGUCGCACUGGGACAAUGAAGACGAGGGAGUUCAGUGGGACAAAACUUCAGGCUGGACGUUCAAGUCUCUAGGAAGGCCAGACGCACCUAGUACCGAAAAAGACACACGUAAAGACCUUACUCCGCAACCGAGCCUCGCAGAUUUUGUCCAAGAGGAAGUUUUGGCAUACAUAGCGACACUCCACACUUGCCAGAAGCCUUACCCGCAUAAUACUCGUGAUCGCAUCGACGCUUUUCGGAGUCUUGAAGAAUUUACCGGAUCACGAUUUGGAAAUGGUACUUCAAUGUUAAGGAACGAGAUUCUGAUGAGCCAUAACGAUGACGACACAACUAGGGAUAGCGAUAUUGUUAAACUGGACUCGUUCAGGCUAGCGAGUCUCUGGAACGAGCGUUUUGACACAAGGGCUGGGAAGUACGAUAUGACGGGCAUCAAAUUACUCAAAGAAGAGCCUGGUCAGGUAGUUUUUUGUGAUCCUAGAAGCUUAGCACAAGAAGAAUACUAA